AAGCUCCCUGCUCCAGAACCGCAGACAUUCAACGCUCGAUCCUUCCGCGCAGACAAUUGAUACACGCCCACGCCCGAAAACCUGCAACCAUGAACCGAAUCAUUGCUCUUGUUGGUCUCUUGGUGGCGCUCGUAGGCGUGGCUUCCGCGAGCCAUCUGGACGAGGAUCACGGCCACUCGACCUACGAGGAAAAAUCCCAGCCUGUGGAGAUACCGAUCUAUAAGAAAUAUGCGAUACCGAUUCCCCAUCCGGUGCCAGUUCAAGUACCCCAGAAGAUCGAGAUUCCGAUUCCUCAGCCGCAGAGCGUUCCCAUCGAGAUUCCGCAACCUUAUCCGGUCGAGGUGAUCAAACACGUCGAGAUCCCGGUGGAAAAGCCCGAGCCGGUCGUCGUCGAGAAGCAUGUGCCGUUCGUCGUCGAGAAGCCGUAUCCGGUCUACGUGGAGAAGAAGUUCCCAAUCCCGGUCGCGAAGCCGUACCCGGUCCAUGUGCCGAUCUACAAGCACGUGUUCCAUUACACCUCGAAAGGCAAAGGAUGGCACUAAGCUGCUGGACGACGUUGUCGUGCCUCCAGAGACGUUCCUCGCUGGACCUCGCACCCGCGGCUCUACCUGGAAACGGAAAUUAUUUAAUUACAUGUGGAGCGAGCGGUCCGCGCGACGACUCCGCGCCGAGAUUGUCGCCGACAAUCUCGUUGCCAAUGUUGAAUUUGUUAUUAUUGUAAUUUUAUACACUCGUUAAGUUUUUUACCAGUUUUCGUAGAAGAUAUAUAUCGUUAAUAAAUGAUUUUGAAGAAAGAAAGAAAAGAGGCAAAAAGAUCGAGAAGGAAGCAGAAAGAUCGCAAGCUGCGCGGAUCGUUGCGAGCGAGUAAACGCGGUCGCGUGCGCGCGUCGAGCGGCGCGAAUAAUUCAAUUAGCGGAUAUCGUGGAAGAUGAUCGGACAGGAAACGCCACUGGGUCGCGCGGCGCUGGUCGGCGAGGGAUCCUCCUCUUCCUGCCUCGUUAUCGUGACAAUGGGGAAGCGCGUAAUCUUUUCCGGCCGUUUCCUCGUCAUCCGGCCUGUUACCGAUCGAUCUGGAAAGAAACCAGCCGCCGGACCGGCCGUGCCGCCCCGAUCUUGAUUGACCAUAAUGAGCCCGAGACAGCGCUCGGCGUUCCUGCAUCGAAACCACUUUUACUUGGGAUACACUUUCACUGUUCCGCUCGCCGAUACGCGGCGGCACACCGUGUGCACACACCAUUCGAAUCUUCCGAGAGACUUCUCUCUCUCCUUAGGCCACGCCCCUCUCUCUACGACCGGCUGCGCCCCCCUCGCCGCGCGCCGUUGCGCUCGAAACCGUGCACACACGAACGUAUAAAUAUCUCCGGUUGUUGUACCGAGCACUUCACGGCCUCGGGCGAUCGCGUUUACGAGGAUUGGAACGCGUUACCGCGUGUCCGAGAGAACGUGUGUUCGAAAGUUUGAUGAACGGCGAGCGAUGAUCGAUGCAGAUCCCGACGCUCCGUCUGCGUGUUAGAUCUUGAAGCGUUCACGAUUUACGAGGACUGCGAAGCCAGAGGGAUCUGCGGAAUAUAAACAAUCUGCCUUUAGUUCUCGUCUCGUUGAUGUUGUUUCGUAGUUUUUGCGAAUUCGAAUCGCGAGAAGCGUUGUUCUUGAAAAAAUUUACCAAAAUUGAUGUAUAAUGUAAUCGCGACGUCACGUGUUGUAUAAUAUUAACCACGCAAAUAUUGCGUUAUUGUUGUAUUACGAAAAUUGGUAACGAAAAUUGUGCAAUAAUCUGCAAUCUACUAAUUACUGUGUUAUAUGUGUUGAUGUAACUGUUCGAGUAUUUAAAUAAAAUUGCAUUAUCUCGUGAUAAUUCA